GAGAGACACAGUUGGAUACAAAACUUCCAUUCGUUGGUCCAACCUUUCUCCUUUAACCACUUCAAUUAUCUCAUCGAUUCUGUUCCAGGUAGGUAAUACCAUUCCCAUUCCAUUUUAGGUAGUUUUAGGGUUUGAUUGGGUUCCUUUCCCUUUUCAUGGAGGGUAAAAUUUGCAGGUACCGUCAACCUAUUAAUGAGAGAGCAGGGAGUGCAUUGAAGUUUCAGUGCGCAACAGUCAUAAUACGGCAGAGCAUUUCAUUGAGAGUAUUUAUGUAGCGAAUAUUUUAGUAUUAAUUCAGGCAGUCAGCUUCUGACAGGAGUCUGGUGUUUGGUGAGCGAUAAGAACUAGACAGGUCGCAGACAGCGCUGGUUGUUAAUGCCGGCCGGCGUCGGCAAAUAUUCAUCGGAAUUUAAAAUAUUGUUCAAAACCCUAAAGAAGAAGGGAAGUCACGGAUAAAAUAUCGUGUGGAGGAGAACAAGGGGGAAGGUGGAAGUUGGUAGAGGAAAAUAUUGAGGCCCCCCCAUUCAUGCCGGAGGAAGAGUAGUAAGCGAGCUUUGUGCUGCACACUAUUUAUAAGAUGAGGAAGGGGAAUGAAUGUGCAAAAGAGCAGGGGAAAAUGGCUUCCAGGAUGGGGUUUAUUGAUCUGGUGACGGGAAGACGUGGCGCCAGUGGCUUUGGUUCUUCCUCCACUGCUCAGCAGGUGAGUGAGGGAAUUGACGCUUCAAAGCUUACUGCAAUUGUUACAGGGGGUGCCAGUGGAAUAGGGCUGGAGACGGUCAGAGUUCUGGCAACGCAGGGAGCGCAUGUAGUGAUAGGCGCCCGGAACCUUGAGACGGCGAUGGCUGUGAAAAAGGAUAUCCUUUGUCAAAUUCCGGGUGCUCGGAUUGAUAUUUUGCCACUUGAUUUGUCUUCGAUGGAGUCUGUCAGAAAGUUUGCUUAUCAGUUUCAAGCCUUGAAUCUGCCUCUCAACAUCUUAAUAAAUAAUGCCGGCAUCAUGUUCUGCCCCUUUAAGCUUUCAGAAGAUGGUUUGGAAAUGCAUUUCGCCACCAAUCACAUAGGCCAUUUCCUGUUGACGAAUCUGCUACUUGACAACAUGAAAAAGACAGCGAAAGAGACGCAGGUGGAAGGACGGAUUGUCAACCUUUCAUCUAUUGCGCACAUGCUCACUUACAAGGAUGGAAUGCGCUUCAAUAGGAUAAACGACCAGAGUGGAUAUUCAGACAAGAAGGCGUAUGGACAAUCCAAAUUAGCCAACAUUUUGCAUGCAUACGAGUUGUCACGCCGACUAAAGGAGGAAGGCGCACACGUCACUGUAAAUUCAGUUCAUCCUGGGUUUAUCAUGACCAAUUUGAUGCGAUAUUCUAUGACUCUAAUGAGAUUUUUGAAGUUCUUUUCUGGUUUCUUGUGGAAGAACGUUUCCCAGGGAGCUGCCACAACAUGCUAUGUUGCUUUACAUCCAGAUCUUAAGGGAGUCAGUGGCAAGUACUUUUCAGACUGCAACGAGGCCACGCCAAGCCCAUUUGGAAGAGACAAAGAUCUUGCAAAGAAGCUUUGGGAGUUCAGCACUAAGCUUGUCAAAUGAACUUAUUUUUGCUAUAAUGUUUUCCAGUCUAAUAUAAGAUGCUGUCAGGGGUUUUAUGGCAAUAAUGUAAUAAAAACUAGAUUACUCUUAAAAGGAAGGAAAUAGAGUGCAUGCAUCUCUUCAGAUAUUUAGGUCACAGAAUUUUAAUCUUGUAAUGGAGUCUUAGGGGUGUAAUGUAUAAGAUGUUUGAGCUGCACAAAAUGCAUUGAUGAUUGUGCACUGUACAGCCUUACCAUUCUAAGAAGAAAUAAAAAACUAGAGCUUCCACGCAUCAUAAGUCUUAUCAAGGAUAAUUAGCCUUAUAAUUAUAAUUUUGCUUUGAAUUUAUUGGA